AUGUCGUCCUCGCAACCCUUCCGGGAUUCUUCUCCCCUCGCAGGCACGGCCAGACGCAAAUCCCAAUUCACCUAUCGGCAUUUGUCCCAACUUGGCAACUACAGCCCGCUUUGCCCUUUGAGAGUGAUCGCACAUAUCGACCUAGAUGCCUUUUACGCUCAGUGUGAAAUGGUCCGUUUGGGUACCCCUAAGGAUCAGCCUCUAGCCGUCCAGCAGUGGCAAGGUCUGAUUGCUAUCAACUAUCCGGCACGUGACCAUGGCAUCAGCCGUCACAGCACAGUGACCGACGCAAAGAAGAAGUGUCCUACACUCAUUGCUCAGCAUGUUGCUACCUGGAGAGAGGGCGAUGACAAGUGGGCUUAUCGCGAUGAUGCUGCUGCCAACAUCCAAAGCGACAAAGUCUCUCUUGAUCCUUACCGUCUGCAAUCCAGGAAGAUUUUGGCCGUCAUCAAAGAGAGCUUGCCUCAAGAUCUGCAAAAGGUCGAAAAGGCCAGUAUCGACGAGGUUUUCCUGGACUUAUCUGCCCAGGUGCACUACAUUCUACUCGAACGCUUUCCGGAACUCGCGAAUCCACCCCCUUAUGAUGACCCGACCGAAAACUUGCCGAGCCCAUCAGUUUCAGCAUUGGAUUGGCAAGCGGACGCUCUCGUCGACCUUGACGAGGAGGAAGAGACCGUGGACCCCGACUGGGACGAUGUGGCGAUACUCAUUGGAUCCGAAAUCGUACGAGGCGUACGACAGAAGAUUCUGGAGAAGCUGCAGUACACAUGCUCGGCCGGUGUCGCCAAGAACAAGCUGCUCAGCAAGUUGGGCUCGGCUCACAAGAAGCCCAACCAGCAGACUGUGAUCCGUAAUCGAGCUGUGGACCAAUUCCUGUCCGAUUUCAAGUUCACAAAGAUGCGCAAUCUCGGGGGGAAACUUGGCGAGAAUCUUGUCACAACAUUCAACACGGACGCCGUCAGCGAACUCCUAGCCAUACCUUUGGACCAGAUGAAGGCGAAGUUAGGACCCGACACAGGAACCUGGGUUCACAACACCAUUCGGGGUAUUGACCAUAGCGAAGUUAACUCGCGCACACAAAUCAAGUCAAUGCUUUCGGCGAAAUCCUUCCGACCUUACAUCAACACUCCUGAGCAAGCUAUCAGAUGGCUGAGAAUAUUCGUGGCAGACAUUUUCGCCCGAUUGGUCGAAGAGGGCGUCCUAGAAAACAAGCGCCGGCCAAGAACGAUGAACUUGCAUCAUCGCCACGCCGGUCAGAUGAAGUCACGGUCAGGUCCAAUUCCGCAGGGCAGGCCUCUUGACGAGCAUUCACUGCUUGAACUGGCAAGGAAUCUUCUCAAUCAGAUCAUAGCAGAGGGUCAGGUAUGGCCAUGCGCAAACCUCAGCUUGAGCGUUGGAGGUUUCGAAGAUGGCGUUACGGGCAACAAAGGCAUCGGCGCUUUUCUGCUAAAAGGGGAAGAGGCACAGGCACUCAACCAGGCCACCCGUGAAGCAACACAGCCGUUGCCAUCAGAAGACAGGUCGGCCAAACGCCGUCGGACAGAGGGAGGGGCCAUCCAUCGCUUCUUUACUCGGAACGUUUCCACUGACAACGAAGUGCCGUCGGACGAUGCCACAACUGACCAAGAUCGUCAAAUCCGAGAGGACGUUGUGGACGAGGAUCCUCGGGCGGUUACUCCAACAACGAACGGCCUGCAGGAGGUGGGCGACAAUAUUGCUUCUCAGGCACCAAUCACGCCCUUCGUCUGUUCACGGUGCAACACCGGGUUCGAAACGCCGGAAGAACACCAGAGUCAUGCAGACUGGCACUUUGCCAAAGACCUUCAAGAACAAGAACGUGGCAGUGCCGCGUUUGCCAACCGCCCUUCUGCUGCACGCAGCUCCGGCACAAAAGCAUCGGCAGCAUCGGCCAAGCGAGGGGGCCGUGGAGGCAAACUCGAGCAAGGACAGAGCAGAUUGAAGUUUGGAUGA